AUGUCUGGAGGAGGAACAGAGAAGAACAAGAAAUCUGCAGCUUCUGCACGAUCUCACACCAGAAAUCAUCAAGAAAGACCUCCUUCUGGUUUCUUGAAAACGAUUCUCCUGGUAUCGUUCGUCGGAGCUUUAGCAUGGGUUUAUCAGUCAAUCCAACCACCACCGCCGAAAAUCGUCGGCUCUCCCGGUGGAGCCGCCGUGACAUCGCCGAGAAUCAAACUGAGAGACGGAAGACAUUUGGCUUACAAGGAAUCCGGAAUUCCUAGAGACGAAGCCGAGUUCAAGAUCAUAUACAUCCACGGCUUCGAUUCUUGUAUGCACGAUUCACCCUUCACUCAUUUCUUAUCAGCGGAUCUUGUGGAGGAAUUGAGGAUAUACACUGUGUCUUUAGACCGUCCUGGUUAUGGUGAGAGUGACCCUGACACGAAUCGGUCACCGAGAAGCAUAGCAUUGGAUAUAGAAGAGCUGGCUGAUGGGUUAGGAUUAGGACCUAAGUUCUAUGUCUUUGGUCACUCCAUGGGUGGUGAAAUCACAUGGGCAUGCCUUAAGUACAUUCCUCACAGGUUAGCAGGAGCUGUGCUUGUAUCACCUGCGAUUAACUACUGGUGGAGAAAAUUACCGGGGGAGAUAACAAGGGAAGCUUUUUCACGAAUGUAUCCAGCUGAUCAGUGGGCUCUUCGAGUAGCUCACUAUGCUCCUUGGCUUACAUUUUGGUGGAACACUCAGAAAUGGUUCCCAUUCUCCAAUGUGAUCGCCGGUAACCCCAUUAUUUUCUCCCGGCGGGACAUGGAGGUCUUGUCUAAGCUCGGAUUCACCAGACCAAAUCGGGCAUACACAAGACAACAAGGUGAAUAUGAAAGCCUACACCGAGAUUUGAAUGUUGGAUUUUCAAGCUGGGAAUUCGAUCCGUCAGACCUUCAAGAUCCGUUCCCGAACAACAAUGGCUCGGUUCACCUAUGGAUGGGCGACGAGGAUAAGUUUGUGCCGGUGAAGCUUCAGCGUUAUAUCGUGUCAAAGCUUCCAUGGGUUCGUUACCAUGAAAUCUCUGGAUCAGGACAUUUGUUACCUCUUGAGGACGGUAUGACUGACAAGAUGAUCAAGUCACUUUUGGGUGGGGAAGAAGAGGUCGAGUAA